UGUAUUAUCAUUUAACUCUGCCUGUUAAACAUAUGGUUUUCUUGCGAGUAUGCAUACUCGAUGAAAGUAGUAUCAAAGUUUAAUAAGUAUACGACAAGUUCGCGUUAUCAAUUUAGCAGUAAAAUUUAAAACUAUGGGGGAAGAUAACGUAAGAAAAAGGAAGCGUAAAACAAGCACAAAAUCGGGCAACGUAGGCGAGAAAAAUUGUGUACCUGCAAAAAAAUUGGGAAGACGACCAGUUCGCGAUGAAAAUGAGCUCUGUCAUGUUUGCGGAGAAAAGGCGAGAUCUCACAACUUCGGAGGAAUGACGUGCAACUGUUGUAAAUCUUUCUUCCGACAUUUUGUCUUAACCAAUGUCAAGGAUAAUACAUCCAUCGAACGUUUCAAGAAGAAUUGCAAGGUUAAAGGAGAGUGUGAAAUUGAUCAAUUAACAAGAAAAAAGUGCAAAACUUGUAGAUUUUUUAAAUGCGUUAAGAUUGGAAUGGACCCCAAGUGGGUCUUGUCAGACUUUAAAAAGAUGCAAAAAAAUAAGGCUGCAUCAACUAAUAAAAAACCUAAUUAUACACAAAGAGAUGCUAUUUGUCCAACAAUUGAUCAGAAAAUAAGUGACGAAGAUGCCAUAAAAAUAGCCAGUAUUUCCGAGUUCUACAAUACCGCGUGUGAAUUAAUUCCGUACAAUUUUCCUUCUCGAGACGAUUCUUCUACAGUAUUAACGACAAAUAAGAUCACAAUUUUACUAAUUGGAGUAAUUUCAACAGCAAUGAGAAGGUUCGUAUACUUUGCGAGGAUGCUUCCCGAAUUUGAGAAACUUUCACUACAUGACCAAACCAGUCUUUUAAGGGGGUCAGCUAUACAGUUAUUCAUACUGAGGAGUGCAGUGACUUAUGACUUGGAGAACAAUAUAGUUAAUUCAAAAGCUGGGAACUUUCCCGAGAAAUAUCCAGAAAUUACCUUGGAGGAAUGUGCUGCUAUAUGCUCGGACGAAGUAGCAGAUAUGCAUCUCAAUGUAUACAAAAGAAUUCGGUCGCUUGCCCCCGACGAAGCCAGCAUCAUGUUGAUGCUUCCACUCGUGUUGUUCUCAGAUUCUGGGGGAAGUGGUGAAGUUUGUACGCAAUUUGAGGAUCGACCAAUUAUAAAUGCAGCCCAAGAAUUGUAUGCAAGUCUGCUGGAAAAAUAUUUAAGAUCCGUGUAUGGAGUUGAAAAGGGACGGGUGGUUUAUCCCAGGCUCCUUUGUCAACUUAUGGAACUUACUCAAAUUUCUCAGCUCCAUCAAGGUGUCCCCCUCAACAUGACAGAAGACCAAGUCGACAAAAUGCAUAAGCACUUGCUAGCACUUCAGAGAAAAGCAAGUUUUCCAGUGUUACAAGAAACGGAGAGAUGCACAAGGAGUAAGGAACAAAAGGAGUGUUGCUUGAAACAAGCUAAAUCUGUCACGAGCAGGAAAGUGUCAAAAUUGGAGUUAGCUAAUCAAUCCCAGCCUCAGGGAAUAAGUGCGGACGCAUUUCAAAUAAUUAUUCACAGUUUUGCCAGUCUCACCAGUAAUUGGGGCAUCAAACCAGAUUAUUUUGCUAAAGGUGCGCACCUAGGCAUACAGAACGCUUUCAUGCGUCGAAUUCCUGAGCUAUUGAAUAAUCCGUGGGACUGCUUGGUAGAUGAGGUGGAGGAAGAUAAAGUUGCAAGUUAAAUAUGUACGUAAAAUAAAGGGAUCCAGAUUUACAUCUGUAUAAGUACAUACAUAUGUAUGAUUAAACAUAUAAGUAUGUGUAUACAUUAAUAAAUAGAGAUUUGCAUUUCAGUAUUAA